AUGGGAACACCCGACGAGUGGCUGGCUACAAUAAAAAAAUGUCAGUAUUUACCGGAACCUGAUAUUAAAAAGCUAUGUGAGAUGGUUAAAGAAUUGCUUUUAGAAGAGUCAAAUAUACAGCCCGUGAAUACACCAGUGACAGUAUGCGGCGAUAUACAUGGGCAGUUUUAUGAUUUGUUGGAGUUGUUUCGUGUCGGUGGUGAAAUUCCUGAUACGCAUUAUAUAUUUAUGGGUGAUUUCGUAGAUCGCGGGUAUUAUAGUCUAGAAACGUUUACCCUGCUGAUGGCGUUGAAAGCAAGAUAUCCCGAUAAAAUAACAUUAUUACGAGGCAAUCACGAAAGUCGGCAGAUCACGCAGGUGUAUGGAUUUUAUGAUGAAUGUCAAAAUAAAUAUGGAAACGCUAAUGUAUGGAAAUAUUGUUGUCAAGUGUUUGAUUAUUUAACGUUGGCUGCUAUUGUCGAUGGUAAAGUAUUAUGUGUGCAUGGUGGAUUAUCCCCAGAAGUUCGAACAUUAGAUCAAAUACGGACGAUACCACGGUCACAAGAAAUCCCACACGAGGGUGCAUUUUGUGAUUUGAUGUGGUCUGACCCCGAAGAGCAUAUUGACACAUGGGCUGUUAGUCCACGUGGAGCUGGCUGGUUAUUUGGAGCCAAAGUUACAAAUGAGUUUAAUUACGUAAAUGGGCUUAUUCUGAUCGCACGUGCACAUCAAUUAGUACAAGAAGGAUACAAAUAUGCCUUUCCGGAUGAUAACCUUGUAACUGUAUGGUCUGCCCCAAAUUACUGCUAUCGCUGCGGAAAUGUCGCCUCGAUUAUGCAGAUUAAUGAGAACCUGAAAGUUGACGAGAGCAGUUUCAAAUUGUUUAAUGCGGUUCCUGAUCAAGAACGUAAUAUUCCGGCGAGAGUUGGUGUUGGACAAUAUUUCUUGUAG